AUGGCGCCCUUAACAGUUCAGCCUUUAGCUUUGAUUCAAUUGUUAUCAUGUGAACAUUACCGAAAAUCGGCAGCCCGCCGAGCGAAAAGCUUAGGAACCACGUCGGUUCGGGUUCCUCGUUGUAAAGCUGACGGCGAAUGGGAACGCGUACAAUGCGGCCCUGGCGGUCAAGGCCCUUGCUGGUGCGUCGAUGAAGGAGGAGCUGAACUACCAGCGACCAGAGCACCAUCUAGGGAUCUGGUGAACUGUACCGUUGCGGAAGAACGGUGUCCAGCCCACUCGUGCAGGAUGCUUUGUCCGUUGGGAUUCGCUCUGGAUGAAGCUAGUGGAUGCCCGCGAUGCGAAUGCAGGGAUCCUUGCGCUGGUGUUCAAUGUCCAAGGAACCAGCAAUGCCGAUUGCAAGAUGUUGCUUGCAGGACGCAGCCUUGUCCACCCGUUCCAACUUGCAAACGUGCUCGUUCGUUGGAAGAGUUAUGUCCAGUUGGAUCACCAUUGUCUAUAGCAGAUACCAGAAGGCCUUUCUUGUGUGGAAAUGAUCCUGGUAAACCAGAUUGUCCACCAAUGUAUCGGUGUCUCGUACAAAGAGGAAAUGAAUAUGGAGUAUGUUGUCCAGCUUCACUCCACAUUCGUAAACCAGGUACAUGUCCAAAUGAUGAUUUGACACCGAUGAUGGCAGCAGCUGGACUUAUUCCUCACCAAGAAUGCACUUCCACUUGCCAACAUGACCUCCAAUGCCCUGGUGAAACUAAGUGUUGUCAAACCAGAGCUUGUGGCGGCCAAUGUAGACGCCCUGAAAAUGCCACAGCAUGCCACAGACAAAGAUUACUCUCAGAAGUUUUAGCAAUCGGAGAACGGGAAGGACGUGGGUAUAUUCCUCAAUGUGACCAAGAAACUGGUAUGUUCCUGCACAAACAAUGUUCUAGAAAUGGCUUAGUCUGCUGGUGUGUCCAUCCGCGUACUGGUGAUAAACUUAAAGGUACCAUGGGGUCAUCAAAGGAUGUCGAUUGUCCUGCGGAAGUGAUAGAACGAGCUUCUGGACGAAGUUUAGUCGAUGAUAGCAAAUGUGAUAAAAACAUAUGUGCUGCCGUUUGCGAAUAUGGAUUCAAAGACGAUGAAAAUGGUUGCCCAACUUGUGAAUGCGAGGAACCAUGCUCUGGAUAUAAUUGUCCUGCAGGACAUUCUUGUACUGUCGCCAGGGAUGCUUCUUGUGAAAUGGGUGGCGGUGAAAGAUUGUGUGAAUCGGUGCCUGUUUGUCGACCUGAUGUUCUCUACAGCAAUCCCUGUACGAACGGGGCACCUCUGACCUUGCAAAAUUCAACGCAGCCUGUCCAUUGUGACGAAGAAUCGAAAUGUCCUGCUGAUUUCAUGUGUACUUCAGUCCCACAAGAAAGUAAGCAGGUCUGCUGCCCCAUCGAGAAUGUUGAUAUGGAAGUUAUUGCUGAUAAAUCAGAGGACCAAAUUUCAGAAGCUACGGCUGAUGUUGACAGAGUUCAAACCAUGUGCGAAUAUUUGCGAGACUUUUCUGCGCGAAUGGAAGGUACUGUUUCAGGAUUGGAAUUAGCGUUGCCAGCUCCAACUUGUGAUCAGGAUGGCAGUUAUGCUCCUGUACAAUGCGAAGUUGCUAAUAACAAGACAUGCUGGUGUGUCGAUCGAUAUGGUACCGAGUUGCCAAAAACGCGAACAACGGGCAAUACAACUCGUGAAACAUGUGAAGCCCUAAGGGAGUCUGUCCCAUGUCUCGAAGUAAGUUGCAGAAUGGGUUGCGACUAUGACUGCAACACUUAA